GGGAGUUUUUAAAGGAUCCAACAAUCAAGCACAUCCUCACAGAAGAACUAUAACUUUUGGAUACAAGUACCUUAAAGCACCAUGAGGACGAUGAUUUUAAUUAAACAUCUUUUUUAAGUCCGCAGUGAGACGUCAUGCUGUCUGCACAGAGAUCUGCUGCUUUGGCUCUUUUUCACGGUGUGAUGAUAGUGACUGCACUGAUAGACUCUGAUGAUGUCAUCACGCGAGACGAGCAGAUCUAUGUUCUGAUUGGUGCUCACGCCAAGUGUGAGAGAAGCAUCAGGGCACAGUUGGCCCUGGUUAAAGAUGGAGAGUGUAACCCAGAGUGGGACGGGAUCAUCUGCUGGCCUCUGAGCAGAGCAGGUCAGCUGGUGUCAGUGCCGUGUCCAGAGUAUAUCUACGACUUUAACCACAGAGGCCAAGCUUAUCGGCAGUGCGAUGCAUCAGGGAACUGGGAGCAGGUUCCCAGUAUCAACCGCACAUGGGCCAACUACACCGAGUGCACCGCAUACUUGUCCUUCAACCACAGGAGACAAGAAGAGGUUUUUGAGAGGCUACAUCUCAUGUACACUGUUGGCUACUCCAUUUCUCUUGCAUCACUGUUGGUGGCAGUCUCCAUCCUCUGCUAUUUCAAACGCCUUCAUUGCACUCGCAAUUACAUCCACAUUCACCUCUUCACCUCCUUCAUCUGUCGAGCUGUCAGCAUUUUUGUGAAGGAUGCUGUGCUCUACAACAUUUCUGAUGACAGCAACACUGACCGGGACUACGCUGCACAGAAGCCCCAGAUGGCUGGCUGUAAAGUCGCUGUCACGUUCUUUCUUUAUUUCCUGGCGACAAAUCAUUACUGGAUCCUGGUGGAGGGGUUAUACCUGCACAGUCUCAUCUUCAUGGCCUUCCUGUCUGACAAGAAUUACCUGUGGGCCCUCAUGAUCAUUGGCUGGGGUGUUCCAGCUGUGUUUGUGUCGAUCUGGGUCAGUGCACGAGCAUCACUGGCAGACACACAAUGUUGGGACAUUAGUGCAGGAAACCUGAAGUGGAUCUAUCAAGUUCCAAUUUUGGCAGCUAUAGUUGUGAAUUUCCUUCUCUUCGUCAACAUAAUACGGGUCCUGGCCUCCAAACUGUGGGAGACUAACACUGGCAAACUAGACCCUCGGCAGCAAUACGGUAAGCUGCUCAAGUCCACGUUAGUCCUCAUGCCGUUGUUUGGGGUUCACUACAUGGUGUUUAUGGCUCUGCCUUACACUGAGGUGACCGGGCUGCUGUGGCAGGUGCAGAUGCACUAUGAGAUGUUCUUCAACUCAUCACAGGGCUUCUUUGUGGCGUUUAUCUACUGUUUCUGCAAUGGGGAGGUACAGGCAGAGGUAAAGAAAGCAUGGUUGAGACGCAGCCUCACCCUGGACCUAAAACAAAAAGCACGGAUGACCAGCAGUGGCGGAGGGGGCAGCUGCUACUAUGGUGGAAUGAUGUCUCACACCACCACCUACAGUGUCAGCCUGUCUGCUGCCAAUCCCAGAAAUCCCUCCUUCACCUCGGCUGCAGGUGGAGGGUCAGGCAAGCCGCCACGCCACAGCUCUCUUCAACCUCCAAACAGCCUUCCUGGGUACAUGCCCUAUGAUGCAGAGACCCUUAACCUAAAACAGGAGCUGGCUGUGAAGAAACCAGGAGGGAUGGAGUCUGGAGUUACCGCCCGUAACGUCAGAGGUGGCAAGGGGAACGAUGAGUACAAAAGCAGUCAAAAGUCAUCUUUAGCAGACAGUCCUGGUGGGGAAGAUCCAGAGAGCUGCCCGUCUUUUAAAGAGCUGGAGACCAUCUUGUGAUUGUUGUUAGAAGGAUAACUAUAAGGAAAGCCUCACAUACUAGACUCUUAAAUGUUUCAGUAUCAUUUCUCUGAGUUGCAUGGAGUGUUCUUUUGUCCUCAUGAUGUAAUGGUAGCCAGUGCCUGGGCCUUCCAGACACAGGUGUCAUUAUACUUCAGACACAAGGGGUGCCAAAAUAGCCAUAAUCCCAAAGUUCCUCAUGUGAGCUUUAAAAAGGUAGAGUUUUCUAAUACAUUUAUGCAUAUAUAUAUAUAUAAAGUUAUUUUCUGUUGGACUAGCUCACCCCAGCUCAAACUUCGUUGUUGUUUGUUGGUGUAUCUGUCAGCAUACCCUGACACAUUUCUGACAGAUAAAGCAUCCUCCAAAAGUUUUCUUCCAAACUUGUCGUCAAUGUCUGAUUAAUUCCCACAGUCACAAGUGUCCAGACAUCUUGUCUAGACCUGCAGCUUUAUUUUUUCCAUCCUGCUGCCCUAUUACUCAGCCUGACAGGACCCAGAGGGCUGACAGUCGAACCUUUUGCCCUUCACUGGACAAACUCUAGCUCCUCUCUGUGUGACCUCUAUCCCAAACGCCCUGACAACACCAUCCAGAAUUUCACACUCUCCCCUUAGGCCUCAGCUUUCAGCCACAGACUCCUGAGCUGCUGUGGAUGUGGAUUCAGGGACAAACCUGCAGGAGAUGUCACUAGUGUUCACAACAGGAAAGAGCCUGUAAAUGUUUAAGAGUGUUUGUCUGGGAAAAACAUGACUAAUAUGUGUUUGUGGGGCAUGUACAGUGUUAGAUAGGUCUCAUAAUUUAAUAAAUAUGUUUGGGAUGUCUUGAGAUUUCAGAUGACAUGAAAUGAAUAAAAGGAACUGAACUGAGAGGAAACGAUAUGCUGUGGAAAAAAAAAAGUAUUUCUUGUAAAAAAGUGAAUCCAAACAUUUAUGGCAUAUUACACCUCUCAAAAUUCAAGCUGUUAAUGGAAACUUUUGUCUUUCUUUUCAUAAAUUGUUUGGUUCUUUAUAAAAACCAAGAAGGUUAAGGUAAGUUAAAAUACAUUUACCAUAAAUACAUAUAGUCAAAACAGCAUGUUCCACCAAAAUAUACUUAAAACUACAAAAAACCCUUAGUGAACAUACAUACACCUGUGAUGAGUUCUUCUUUGAGCUGUCAAAGAUUUCAAUUAUUUUCCAUUUUUUAUUAAAGAUGUAUCAUUUUAUAUAGAUACA